AUGGCCAAUAUUCAGGAACGACGCAUCUCGGCCUUUCAAUUGCGCACAAUUGAUUCCGCCGAAGAUGAGUCCUCAUCCUCUGGCCGGGAGGACGGUGCUCCUGAUUCCCCACUGCAGCCAGGACAACUGCAGCAGCCCGGAGGCCAACAGCAACAGUUUGGCCAGUACCUGGGUGUCAAUGGACAUGAGGGCAGAUCCCGCACAAAGAAACCCAAAGUGAGAAGCAAAUCCCUGCAACCUGCCACAAAAGUGAUUCCCUGGCGCAAGUCCUCACGUCCGACACGUGGACGUUCGCUGGACAAGGGUGUCUUCCUGCCUGGCUUCAAGCCAGAGCCUGUGAAGUCCUGGACCGAGGAGACCAUCAGCCUGAAGGCCACACCCAUUGAAAAGAAGAAGCCAACGCCAAAGCUCGAGGCUGCCACAGUCGUGCUCAAGUCAAUCAAAACGGAGCGGGAUCAAGGCAUCAUGAGUCUGGGCGCCACGCUGGAGCAGAUCAUUGCCGGCAAGACGGAAAAGGAGGCAGUGCCAUGGAUCACCAUGCGGGAGAAGCUGAAGCAAGUGGAGAGCGUCUCGGAGCAGCUCAACAAAUUCGACAUUGAUGAGGUUUACCUGCGGCCGCUCGAGGGCACCAUCGAGACUGAGGAGCCGUUGCCGCAGCAGGCCCAAGUGGAGCAGGAGCAGCGCACCAAGGAGAUUCAACGUCUAAAGAGCAUGGAGAGUGUGGAGAUUAUGGAGAUGACAGAUCAGAUCGAUAAACUAAUCACACAGCAGCAGAACAACAAGGAUCUGAUACCCUGGAAGGAGAUGCGACAGCAGCUAAAGAGCGUGCAGCGUGUCACCACGCAGAUUGACAAAUUCAAGAUCGAAGAAGUGGAACUGAAGCAUUUGCAGGCACAGCAGGCGGCCAUCGCCGAGGAGGUUCUCCUCACCAUCGAUGAGAGCUCCAAGGGUUCCAUCUCGAAGGUUGUGCAGCGCCAGGAUCUGCAGCACUACGAGGAGGAUCAGUCCGUGGGCAGCCACAAGCAGCAGUUUAUCACCACCGAAGAUGUCAACAUAAUGCACGUCUCGGAGCGAGAGCAACUGGAGGCUCAGCGUCUGAUACGUGAGCAGCAGGCCGUCAACUGGCGGCAGCAGCAACAGCAGCGACCACAGCUGCAGCCACUCACCUCCGUGGAGGACACCAUAUCGCAGACGAGCGAUCGUCAGCGAUUGGUGCAACAGCAGAGCUUAAUCGAGGAGGCACAGCGGCAGCAGUUUGUGCAGAUCGAGGACUCGCAAAUGAUGAGCAUCGAGCAGUACGAGCACCAGAAGAUCAUCAAUCAGCGCACACAGCAGGAGGCCUUCGACUGGCGCCAGCCGCGCGAGGCCCAGAAGUUCAUUCAAGUGGAGGACUCUUCGCUGAUGCACUUGCAGGAGCGUCAGGACACACAGGAGCAACAGUUGCUGCAACAGCAACCCGUUCUGUGGGAUCGUGGCAAGAAGAAGCCGGAACAGGCACAGCCUCAGGCACCCGUCCAGGAGCAGCCGCAGCCACAAUUUGUGGAGAAACCAAAGACCUACGAGGAAAUGCACGACGUGUUGCAGGAACCACUGCCUGUGGCACAGCCACAGCAGCAGCCUGUGCUGUGGGAACGUGGCAAGAAGCAAAAGCCAGCGGCCCAAACCUACGAGGAGUUGCAUGAUGUGUUGCAGGAACCACAGCCCGUGCAGCAGCCCGAACAGGUGCCUGUCCUGUGGGAACGUGGCAAGAAGAAGGUCGUGCAGGAGCAGGUGACCACCACCCAAGAGGUGUUGCAACAGUCCACCCAAGUGAUUGACUCUCAAGAGGUAUUGCAGCAGACCUCCGAGGUCCUGCAACAGCAACAGAUUGUGGAAGAGACCAAAAAGACAGCCGUUCGGCGGGUGAUUCCCCCACGGGAGCCCGAACAAAAGGUGGAACAGGUGCAGCUGAAGCCAACGCCCAGACCUCGCCCCAAACAAGCGGAAAAGGCGGAGGACUUGCAACUGAAACCCCUGAAGACCAUCAGACCAGUGCAACAAUCGGUGGAGCAGCAGCCUGCACAAAAGGCUUACGAAGAGGCCACGGAUGAGCUGCCCGAAGAGGCACCUGUGCCACAAGUGGUGGAACAGCCACAGCCUGUGCUGUGGGAGCGUGGCAAGAAGUCAAAGCCUCAACAGACAGUAGCACAAGAGGCAGCACCGACUCUAGAGGUGGCAGUCGACACUUUGGAAGAGGAAAAGAUUGCACCCGAAGAGCCGCAACCGCAGCCGGUGCUGUGGGAGCGCGGCAAGAAGAAGCCAGCGGUGGCAAAGCCAGCAGGCCAGGCAGUUGUCGAGGAAGCAGCACCCAAAACGCUCGAAGUGGUCGAGGAUACCUUGGAGGAGGUCCAGCAGCAGAUCGAACCUCAACCGCAGCCCCAACUGUGGGAACGUGGCAAGAAAAAGAAGCCCGUGCCCAAGCCACAAGAAGUUGUGGAGGAAAAGCUGCAGGAAGAACCCACAAAGACCUACGAAGAGGCAGUCGAUGUCCUGCCCGAAGAACCCAAAGUGGAGGAGGCGUCACAGCCUGUUUUAUGGCAGCGUGGCAAGAAGAAGCCAGCAGCAGCAGCAAAGCCAAAGCCAGAGGCAGAGCCUGUGGAAGAGGAGCAGCAUCCCGAUGAGGUUGAUGCUCAAAUUGAAAAGGUUUUGGUCGAAGAAGAAGUGGAAGUUGUUCAAGAAAAGCGCAAGAUCAAAAAGACCAAGAAGCCAAAGGCCACAGAAGAAGUGCAAGAAGAAAUUGUGGAGGAAAUUCCAGAGGAAGAAAUUCCAGAAGAGAUUGUCGAAGAGAUCCAGGAAGAGCAGGAGGUUGUCAUCGAAGAAAAGAAAAAGGUGAAAAAGGUGAAGAAACCAAAGAAAAUUGUUGAAAAGACUGAAGAGGAGGCCCCUGAAGAGGAAGUUCCUGAAGAGGAAGUUCCCGAAGAGGAGGCCCCUGAAGAGGAGGUUCCCGAAGAGAUCGUGGAAGAACAAGAAGAGAUUGUGGAAGAAAAGAAAAAGGUGAAAAAGGUCAAGAAGCCCAAAAAGACUGCAGAGACGAUCGAAAUCGAGGAAGAGCAGCCCGAUGAAGAGGCGCCACAAGAUGAGGAAAUCAUCGAAGAGCCCGAAGAGAUCAUCGAAGAACAAUCAGAGAUCGUGGAAGAAAAGAAAAAGGUGAAAAAGGUCAAGAAACCCAAGAAAAAGGUAACCGUGGAUGAUGAAGCCGAAGAAGAGCAACCCAUUGAAGAGGGGGAGGAACCAGAAGUGGAGGUACCUGAAGUGGAGGAACCUCUACCCGCCGAAGAGCCCAAGAAACCCAAGGCCAAGCCACAAGAAGUGGUGGAGCAAGUGGAAAAGGUGGAACUGAAGCGAACUCCACGCAAGCAACAGCCGCUGCCCGAGAAGGAGCAAUUGGAAGAGGUGUCCCUGAAGCCACUGAAAAAGACUGCAAUUGUCUCGCAGGAGACACCACAACCAGAAGAGAUCGUAACAGAGAAGGUGGUCGUCACAGAAGAGCAAAUUGUGGAUGUAACAAAGAAGCGGGUUAAGAAAAAGAAGCCCAAACCAAAGACUGACACAGAAGAGGAGGCCCCAGAAGAGCCAGAAGAAGAAGAACUCAUCGAAGAAGUCGAGGAAGAGCAGCCACAGUCAGAGGUCGAGGAGCCACAGGAAGAGCUACAAGAGCCCAUUCCAGAGGUGGAACAACCUGUCGAGCCAAAGGCAGCACCAAAGCCCAAACCCAAGCGAGAGGAAAUCAUCGAAAAGGUGGAGGAGGUAGCCCUGAAGCGUGUCGCACGACCAAAGAAACCGCUGCCAGAGGAGGCAACCAUCGAGGAAGUGCGUCUCAAGCCUACAACCAGGAAAUCCAUCAAACCCGAAGAAGUAACACUCGAAGCAGUGAAUUUGCAACAUGUGGAAAAGGUGGAGGAAGAGCUCAUCCAAGAGGAGAAGCGCAAAACGAAAAAGGUGAAGAAACCCAAGCACGAGGAUAUGCCAGAGAUAGCCGAUGCCGAACCCACACAACUGGAGGAAGCGGAGCACUUGGACUUGGAGAAGGAACCAAAGCCGGAGGAGGAGCAACCUCAAGUGCCAUGGAAGCGUGGCGAAAAGAAAAAGCCUGUGGAGGAGGUGCUCGAGGAGAAGCAAUGGCCCAAGGGCAAGCGGCAUUUACUGCCGGCCGAGCAGCCCGAGGAAGUGCAGCUCAAGCCCAUACCCGCGAAGCCAGCGGAGGCGCCACAGCAGCCAGAAAAGGCCAUUCCCGGUCCCCAGCUGCAGCCCCAAGAGAAACCCGAAAGCGAAGAGGAGGAACUCGAGCUGGAACCACUUAAACUGCCCGAGGAGGAAGCUGCACCCAAGGUCAAGAAGGAGAAGAAAAAGAAGCCCAAGCUAAAGAAGGCAACGCCCUCGGUGGAUGAGGUAUCCGAGGAGAUGGCCGAACCAUUUGCCGAACCCAUUGCCGAGGAAGAUGAAGUCGAAGAGAUUCUGCCCGUGGACGAUGACAAGGUGGUGGCGGUAUCCGAGGAUGUCCUGCCCGAAGAGGAGCUCCAACCCACGGAAGAGACCACCCCCGAGGCGAAGCAAAAGGCACAGAAGAAGCGCACAAAGCGCCUCAAGCAGGCCUCUGUGGAGGGACAGCCGCAGCUGCUGGAGGCAGCCAUUGCGGAAAUCGAAAAAGUGGAUGAAGUAUUCCAAGAGAUCUCACAAAAGACCAUCACACUGCUCAAAAAGACUGAGGACACGCGGCCGCAGUUCAUAACCACAGAACAGCUGAUCGAACUGGAUGUGGAGGAUGUGCGCCGGGAUCUCGAAAUGAAGGUUACUUCAAAUAUAAUUAAGAAAGAGAGGCGCCGGGUCGUGCUCGAUGACAGUCAACCGUUGCCCGAGCUGGAGCUCAUCACACAGAAGCGCAUUCAGGAGGGUAUUGACCGCAUGGCCGAUGAGGAACUCAUCGAGGAUCAGCAGCUGACACAGAAUCAGCAAGAGACAACCACAUCCGAGGUGAUUGGACAGGAGCGUAAGCUGGUGAAGAAAAAGAAGAAGGAAAUCAAACCCCCACGCAUCACCGAGAAGCUUCGCCCACGACAAUGUGUGCCCGAGGAGCCCACUGUUUUGGAGUGCAAAGUGGAGGGUGUACCCUUUCCGGAAAUCAAUUGGUACUUCAAUGACAUUCUGCUCUUUGCCUCGGAGAAAUACGAGAUCACCGUGGUGGAGCAGGUGGCACAGCUGAAGAUUGCCAAGGUGACGCCCAGCGAUGUGGGUGUCUACACGUGUGAGGCCAAGAAUGAGGCUGGUGUGGCCACAAGUCGCACAAAUAUUAUUUUAGAAAAAGAACAAGGCGUUGCGCCACAGUUUACGCGGCCGCUCAAGAUCGAGUUCACUGAAGAGAAACAGCCCGAGAGGCUAAAGGUUACGGUGACGUGUCAGGUGGCCGGUAAGCCACAGCCACAGGUCAAAUGGUAUCGCGGCAUCGAAGAGGUGCUGCCCAGCGAAGCCGUACAAAUGAUGUACGAUCAGCAGACGGGUGAGGUGGCUCUGGAGGUGUUUAAUCCACCAGCCAAUGAGGCCAUCACGUACUCGGUGCAGGCACAAAAUCAAUUUGGACGUGCCAUUGGCAAUGCCAACAUCAUGAGUCGCUUGGAUGAGCAGGAGCAGGAGCCCAAGGAAAUACUUAAACCCCCCACAGUCACUCCAUUGAAUGCUGUGGUGGUGCCCACCGGUGGCACUCUCCGCUUUGAGGUGCAAUACGAUGGUCUGCCCCGCCCGGAGAUCAAAUGGAUGCGCAAUGGUCGUGAGAUUGUGGAGAACGAGGAAAUCGUUGUGGAGACCACAGAGACGACAACCAUCAUCAGGGUGAUCAAUAUGACACGCAAGCGGACCGGCAAAUACGAGGUUUGGGCCAAGAACAAAGUGGGCGAGGCCAAGUCAUCCGGUUCGGUUGUUGUCUCCGACUCGAAACCCGAUCAACAGAUCCAACCGCCACGUUUCAUUCAGCCACUGGAGCCCAAGUACUUUGGGGAGCAUGAGGUGGCCAUACUGGAGGCUGUCGUUCAAUCGGAGCCACUCUCCUCCUUCCAAUGGUUCGUGCACAAUGAGCCCAUCAAGAGCUCCACCGAGUGUCGCAUUGUCAGCGAGGCCAACAAGUCCACACUGUUGAUUGAGGAUUUCCAGCGGAAAUUCAUUGGACCCUUUACGUGUCGCGCCGAGAAUGUGGGUGGUUCGGUGACCUCCACGGCGACAGUCAAUCUUUUGGAGGCACUGCCCCAGGAGGAGGCAGUGGAAUUUGAAUCGCCACGCUUCAUCGAGGAGUUGCUGCAACCCGUCGAAGUGAUGGAUGGUGAGGCGCUGCUGCUGCAGUGUCAGGUGCGCGGCAAACCCACACCCAAGGUGGAAUGGUAUCACAAUGAUGAGAAGAUUGUGGAGACAAAGGAAACUACGAUAUCGCAGGACUUGCAAGGCAAAUGCCAGCUGCAGAUUACCGAAGUAUUCCCCGAAAACGAAGGCCAAUACAAGGCCGUGGCCAGCAACAAAAUUGGCAAGACAGUGACCAAGACAAACGUUAAAAUUCAAGCAUUUGAAUAUAUCCCCGAUUCUGAAAUCACUGGACUCACUGGAUCUGAGGAGGAUCUACUUGAUAGAACCCUCUCAAUCGACGAACAAGCACCGAAAAUCAUUAAAAAACUACCAGAGAAAAUCGAACCCAAAGAGGGUGAACAGCCCAAGCUGGAGGUUAAGGUUAUUGGCCGACCCAAACCAAAAAUCAAAUGGCUACGCGACGAUGAGCAAAUCUUUGCCUCCGAGGAAUAUCAAAUUGAGAAUUUCGACGAUGGCACAUCGGUGCUGGUGAUUAAUCAUGUCUAUCCCGAUGAUUGGGGCACCAUCAGUUUUGAGGCAUACAAUCCAUUGGGCGUGGCAGUGACAACGGCUCUGUUCUCUGUGGAAGGCAUUGUUGGAUCGAAGGAUUAUCGUAAACCGGAAUGGGUCACACAAAUGGAGGAAAUGCAGGUGGCACUCAAAGAAACAGCAACCACAAAAGUGGAUAAAAAAUUCAUACAGCAACAAGAACAAGAACAUAUACUCGUACAACAAGAACAAGUGCACAUACAGUCAGCAGAAGCCGAAGAGGAGGUUGUUGUCCAACAGCAAAUUGUGAAAAAGAAAACACAGAAAAAGCAUAAGAAACAUACAGAACAAAUACAGAUACAGGAAGAAGUGGUGCAGCAACAGAUACAAAUACAAGAAGAGGUACAGCAACAGAUACAAAUACAAGAAGAAUUCAUCACACCCAUCAUCGCAGAGGAAGAAAGUGUCGAGCAAUUGCAAGAGCUUAUCCUUCCAUAUGAAACACUAUCCAUGCAACAUGUACCCAAAGACACGGUCGAAACCAUUGCCAGUGCAGAGACCACAGAACUUUCAACACCGAAACCUCAGCCCGCAAAGGUACAGGACGAUAUACUGCCCCAAAAGAUGUUGGCCAUCAGUGAGGAGUGUGUGCCACUCGAUGUGGCACUACCCAAAGACACUAAAAAACCAACAGAAAAUCGCGUGAGUGAACAAAUUGAAGUGCGGCAUCAACAUGCUGUAGAUGUGACCGAAACAGAGGCACGUGAGGCCUCACCCAAAGAACUGAAGCCCUCAAAAAUCCCCAAGAGCGUCAAGGCCCAGCGGAAGGUAAAGGAAUCGCGUCCUUUGCUGGUGGAAGCCACAAGCAUAGAGGAGGCCAUAGAUGAUCUGCAGCCCAUGAAAAAUGUAGAACAGAAGGCGCAUGGUGACAUUCUGUUGUCACAUGAGCUCACAGAGGAACAACCACAGAUUAUGGAGGCCAUGGAGCAGCUUAAGGAGAGUAAAUCCAUUAAGGAGGAAACUAUUGAAUCGCAUUUCCUAGAUCAGGAAGGUCUGGUGAUCACCGAAGAAACAAUCAGUGAAACCUUAGGGAAAGAAAUCGUUCAGAGCAAGCCAACAACGGAGAAGAUUUAUCCAGAAUUAACUUCAAAUGUAAGUCUAGCCAUAAGCGAAUGCCAGCCGGAGGAUUCUGUGGGGGAGCUAAAACCCUCAGCGGAAGUACGCAAGGAAACAACAUCCAGGACUAUUUUAGAGCACAAAUCAGUGAGCACCAGCGCCUCAGAGGUUCUUGAAAGCGUGGACACCAUACCCCUGCAAACACAACCCACCAAAGGAAUUGCCGAUGUCAGUCUCAAGCCAGAAGAAGUUCCACUCGUUACUCAAGAAACGGAAACCUUUGAGUCUGUGGCAGAGAGCGAGACCAAGCCACGCGUGGCAGACACAAAAGCCAUGCAACAUUUGGUAUUAACCGAAGGAUUGCUCAACAUUACAGCAGAUGCUCAGAGUCCAUUGGAGGAGCAAAUUCCAGACUUUAAAACAGAUGAAAAGAAAGCAAACUUGGAAAUGGAAACCCAGCGUCAUGUUGUCACCCAGGAAACCGUGUCGACUGAGGAGGCACCGAGUGAUUUGGCUAUAGAGGAGACACCAAAGAGCGUUGAGGGCACCCUGGGACAAUCGAGUGCCCUGACAAUUGGCGAAACUCUAGAGACAAAUCUCAUAGAAAUGGCCCAGGAUCUGAUCGAAUCCCAAGUGGAGACCACAAAACCAGCAAAGGAAACACUAACCAAAGCCUAUGGUACUGCGGAAAGCAAUCAGGAGUCUCUAUACGACACAUUGGGUUCUGUGCCAGAUGUGGAACAUCCCAAAGGACAGGGAAAGGUCAACAUUGCCGAUGCCGAACUCGUGGCAGAGGUACAGGCAGCUCCCACUGUCAUUCACACAGAAGAGGAGCUUCUGUCUGUCGUUCCAGAGUUUGUGGAUGCCACAAUGAAUAUCGUGGAGGAGACUGUCGCAUUGGAGAUCACGCAGGAUACAGUGGCCGAAAAGGAGCAAACAUUCCCCCAGGAUGUGUCUCAAGCCGAACAAUCAGCUGUAGAAAAGAUAAUCCCUGUUGAUCUCAGAGUAACAACUGUCUUUGAGGUUCAGGCCGGACAAACUUCAGAGGAUAUUGCGCCGGCAGAUACACGUUCCGUGUCUGCCAUUAAGGUUCUAGAUACAAUGCCCAUUGGAGUGGCAUCUAAGCCGGAUCUCAUGGAAGGAACUAGCUACCUGGAGGCUUUGCCACAGCCCGAACUCAAGAGCGGCACCGUCUUGAUGGAUGAAACCCAGCAGCCAUUGGAAGUAACGAAUGUACAGAUCAGUGAAACGAGCACCGAACUGGCAGAUACCCUCCCAAAACAACAGCAAACGAAAGCCCAUCCCACCACAGAAGACUUUAGGCAUGCCGAGGGAAUGGAAAUCAUUCCCAUGGAGUCGACUGGGCAACAACCAGAUGAGGGAAAACCCACAGCAGCCCGUGCUGAUGUCAGCAUGCCACAGCAAUUUGGCACCAAUGUCAUGGAACAGUCGCCCUUGGAGACGCUACAGCCACGUCCGCUGGAUGUCCAGCCGCAGGAACAGCAAACAGAUUCACAAUUUGAUUUCUUGCCACAAUUGGAGACCAGUUCGUCCGUGACCCUAGAGCAAGAAACGGAAAUCCCUUUGGCAGAACCACAUCCACUUCAAUCUGCAGCCAUUGGAGCAGCCAGUGCGCUGCAGGUGGCAAAUACAGAGAGAUCCCAGCUUAUGGAAUCGUUGCAGGGCAUGGAAGAUCUACAGAGGUUGCCACAACAGAAGGCACAUUUCAAUAUAGGAGAAAUUACAUUGCCAAAGGUCGAGGAAAUCACCACACUCGAAGGAUUGCAGAAUUAUGCCUCACCGGAAUAUCAGAAAUCAGCACUCACGAAUAUAGAUAUUACGGAAACAACUUCAUCUUUGAGGACCACCACGGCAAUUGUGAGUGAAAGGACAGAGGAGCUGACGGACAAAGAUGCACCACAGGAGGUUCAAAUUCAACCAAAACUCAACGAAUUCACACAGAAAACUCCACUCUCGGAGAGAGUCAAUGUCUUGGAUCAAGUUUCAGAGUUGAGCAGCCAAGUGCCUCAUGCAGCCACGGGACAAUCCAUCAUCACUAGCUGCCACGAGAUAAAUGUGCGUCAAACAGAAGUCCUGGAGAAGGAGGAACUGCUGGAAGGUGUGCCACAGCCAAGCGAACAACUCGUGAAGAUUGCGUUGGACUCCACCACAGGACUGGCCUUGGCUCGGCAGGAGGAUACCUUUGAGCAUGAGGAAGAGCUGAGAGUACUUGCCCCAGAGGCAGAGCAGGCAAGACCCAUUUCGGCAGAUCAUCUGAAGGCUGCCCUUACCGAAGGUGUCAUGGAAAAUCAAAGCACUGGAAAACUAGAAGACUUUAGUGCAUCCGACAAAUAUGCCUCGCCACGUAUAGAUCUGUUGGUUGAAACCAAAUCGACAGAGACCACAGUCUAUGAUAGUGUAUCCAAAUCUCUGGAGUCCAUGCAGCCAGAGAUCUUGAGUCCGCAACAGUCGAUGGUGCCACACGAGCAUAAAACCGUCACCGAGUGCCUUGUCGUUGAUGGAACUCAACCCUUCGAAGCGAAGCCAACAGAUCAGCGUACAGCCGUCAAAGUUCAGGAUAAUCUAAGCCACUCCAUCGUCCUUGAGGAUCAGAGGGUGCUGGAAUCAGAGAAGCUGCUGGGCGAGGAAACUACACCGCAGCAAAAGGCAAAUCUAAUGGAAGAUGCCACCAAUUUGCAUGCAAAAACGGUGGAUACCACAGCCGUCUAUGAAUCCAUGGGCGAGGAUCGUCCAACAGAUAAAUGCAGCGUGCAACAGGCACAAGUCACUCACGUAUUGGCACACACACAUGCCACGGAACUGCAGCAGACAGUGGAGGCAGAGAAACUGCUGACAACACCUGAACAAACCUUUGCAGUGGCCACAGCAGAUGGCAUAUCCUCACAGCUUGGAUUACCAAUCAGCACGAGGACACAGACUGUAGAGGAUGUCGAUGUUUUGGUCACUCUGCCAACAGACAAGCGAGUGGCACAGUCCACCUAUGAAGGUCGGCAGUACGAGGUAACAGUCAGUGAAGUCCAGGGUAUCGAAGAGUCUGAGAAUCUACAGAAAUCUACAGACAUAGCACCCGUUAGUGCUGCCGAAUCGUUGGAUGUCAUGUUCAAGGCAACAUCGGUAGACACCCAGCCAGGUGUCUUCCAAAAGGAAUCCCCAAUCGAAGCUCACAAGCCGCAAGAGGCCACAGCAAAGCCUGUGGUAGAUCUCCGCCAAGGCACCACAACAUUCGAUGUGUUGGCACUGGAAUCCUCUGAACGCAUUCCAGACACACCGACGACAGCGCCACAAGAGGCACAGAGACAGCUAGUCACUGGGGUGGAGUCUAGGAAGGUGCAGGUCCGACUCGAUGACUUUAUUAUGGAUAAGGAAGAUACCCUACCGGAGACCAUUCAUGAAUUCUAUGGCAAACCGUUCAUUGAGGGCACACAGAGGGAGACACUCAUCACUCAAGUGAUUCCCAUGGAAAAUGUUGAUCAAAUAGAGACGCCACAAGCUGCUGCCACAUUCCAAGUGAAUCCUAUGUCCAGCGAGAGAAUCACUCAAUCGCACUUGGUGGAAACCCAACUACCACUCGAACUGGAGAGUGAAGCCAUCAUUGAAUAUGAAAAACUUGCCCAAGCAAAGGUCAAAUCGGAUGAAACGAAUGUCCAUACCACAAUAUCCGAAGUCAAUACAUAUGAGAUCACAAAAGAUAUUAAAGGAAUAUCGGAACAAGGUCAGUUUAUAAAGAUCGUAGAGGAUUCUGACAUCAAUCGUGCCCAUGUGACAACCAUACAAUCGACGCUUCUCAAAGAAGAAAAUCUCCCGCUGGAGCCCAUUCGCGAUGGGGACAUUGCGUGUGUGUCCGACGUUAAGCUGAAGAAGAAAUCUGUGAUAACCGAAGAGGUUCUGGGCAUCAGUUCAAUCCAGGAAUCGUAUGAGCUGCAAAAGCCAGACGAGGGCAAGGCACAAAUCACACGACAGGCGCCACAUGAGACUGUGAGUGUGGCCGAGCAACAGAUCUACGAACAGUCACCGGAGAUGAUCUUGGAACAGGACGAUCGUCGAGCCCGCACAAAGCCAAGUUCUGUUGAAACGCUCCUGAAACCCGUUGAAAGCUCUACCGUUAAUGUCUAUGAAAAUGUCGAGGGACAUGGGGAAUUUAAGCCAAUUAGUGUGCUGCCAUCAACGGAUACCACUGUAAUUUCCGAGUUGAAGGUUUCGGUGGUGGAAGAGGUGUCAGUGAUGCCAUCCUUGGGUCGAGUUCCAAUUGAGAAACCCUUGGAGGGCAAAGCAACACCAGAAUCUGUGCCACACAAAAACGUACUGCAAAGCGAGCAGCUGCCCUGUGAGGUUGCAAGCACUUUGCUGGAAGAAGGAGCACCAUCCACGGAGCAGGCAAAGCUUGCACCAGCGGAUACACGAGUUGCAGCCGUGACGAGUGUGCUGCAUGAGAAGGGCACCAUUCGGGAGACGAUCACAAGCACUCAAGUAGAUGAGAAACAAGCGCUUCCUUCGAUAACCACACAGAGUACGUAUCUGAAUGAGCAAACAAUCGCACAGGAAAAUGUCAAUCUGUUAGAUAGUGAGGAACAAAAACACAUACAGCCACAGAACGCAAGUAUACGUAUCAAAGAAACCAUCACAUCCAUAGCCACAACAGAACAACCAGACUUAUUCAACACAACCACAACAUCGAGUCCUAAUGACACACGCACUGAGGAGAGGAUACACCCAACACUGGUUGAGGAUACCCUGAAGAAUGCUUUACAGACAACACAAUUUGUGUCGGAGGAUACCUCUGACCUGCUCCUACCAAAAUCAAUGCCUGAAACUGCACUCCCCGAAAGGGUAACACAUGCUGUAGCACUUUCCACCACAAACGAGUCACAAGCCACUAUUUACACAUCGAAAGAUGAAGACCACACACAGAAACUGUUAGAGGAGAGUCUUACACAAGAUAUUUUUAAAGUUAAAAUGGUAACACCACGUGUGGAUACAAAUCAAACCACAGACACACCACACACAACACCACAAAAGACACCCAAACACACACAAGAAACUAAUGAAACCACAAUCACGGAAACCCCCGAAACUCUGCAAAUCAUCGAGGAAAUAUCGGAAGACGGCAAACCAAAGAAGAAGAAGAUCCGCACUCGCGUAAUCAAGAAGGUCAAGGGAGACAAACAAGAAGUCACCAAGAUCGAAACCGUCGAGGAGGAUGACAAGGUACCAGAGACUACAGUCACCGUUGAAGAGGUUCCUUACGAAGAAGAGAAACCUGAGGAGAUCCAGGAACUCCCAGAAGAGGUUCGCAUUGUCGAAUCCAUCUCUGAAGACGGCAAACCAAAGNCAAAGAAGAAGAAGAUCCGCACUCGUGUGAUCAAGAAGGUCAAGGGAGACAAACAAGAAGUCACCAAGAUCGAAACCGUCGAGGAGGAUGACAAGCCUUCGGAGACUACAGUCACCGUUGAAGAGGUUCCUUACGAAGAAGAGAAACCUGAGGAGAUCCAGGAACUCCCAGAAGAGGUUCGCGUUGUCGAAUCCAUCUCUGAAGACGGCAAACCAAAGAAGAAGAAGAUCCGCACUCGUGUGAUCAAGAAGGUCAAGGGAGACAAACAAGAAGUCACCAAGAUCGAAACCGUCGAGGAGGAUGACAAGCCUUCGGAGACUACAGUCACCGUUGAAGAGGUUCCUUACGAAGAAGAGAAACCUGAGGAGAUCCAGGAACUCCCAGAAGAGGUUCGCGUUGUCGAAUCCAUCUCUGAAGACGGCAAACCAAAGAAGAAGAAGAUCCGC